ACCGAAACAUUGUUUCCGGCACGAGUUGGUAGCUCAUCUAAGAGGUACUACCAACCCUGUUAGCUAUCUGGAGAGCUUCCUCGCAUGGAAAAAAUCGAAAAAAUGGAAUUAGAAAUGACAAUGCAGAAAAGAACUACAGGAUGUAAUUCCAGUACUUGGAUUAAAAGCCUUUUUCUUGUGCAAGGAGUUGUGCUAACAGCUGUUGGUUUCGUUGGUCUGAUGUCAUGCACAAGCCCUGAUGUGGAAUGUGUGCGUCUAAAAUAUAGAUAUAUGUUGAUACUACUAUGCGCAUGUUUGCAUGUGAUAGCUAGCGUUGUAUGCUGUAUACAAUGCAAGAACGUCACCACAACUGAAAGGACAUUUGUUGCAACGGUGUUAUGGAGUUGCGUGAUCACUGGUUUGAUAACAUUUCAAACAAUACGACUGUAUGAAUAUAAGCAGGCAAUUUCACCGCACGUGUUAUACUCGAUUAUUAUGACUGGAGUGUUAAACAUACUGGUGAUUCUUGUAUGUUGUCUUAAUAUGUGGGAGCUGUGUAAAAGAAAAGAGAAGUCUGAACAUGUACAAUCGUUGCUGGUCUAAAAGUGUCCUUAUAUACACGAACAUUGUGACUAACAAAAAUGUGAUACUAAUGCAUACAUGCGUACUACUUGGAGUAUUUUGACGCUGUUUAAUAUUCUAUGGAAAAAAGACAACAUUGUUACAAUGCAUCUAUGUAAGAAUAAAUGCAGUGAUUUCUUGUUUCCAUAGUAGAAAACACUUCUUCUAUUAUAUUAUGUACUACAUUUGCAGUCUGCUAACAAUAUGUGCACGUGAUUAUUUUAAAAAUAAUGUAACAUUAAUAUAUUGAGAGAAGCGUAUUGUGAAAUUUAUAUGUGCAAUUAUUAACAGUGACUCUAAUCCGUCCUUCCGCUAAAUUGUGAUAAGAAUAUAUAUAUAUAUAUAAAGAACAUUUGAAGCAAAAAAAAAUCGUUUAUUUUAAAUAUAAGUUUUUGAUAUUGUUGAUCAUUCAAGAUUGAAUCAGUUUUUUUUCUUUUAUAUCUUUUGUAUGUAAGCAAUCGGAGAUUUGAUUUUAGCGCUUAAAUAUGUCAUGAAAAUUUAAAUCAAAGAAGUUUUCUAUAUAUAGAUAAUGUACAUAGCUUAUAUCGCUUAAUAUAUCUAACUUUUUAUUUUUAGAUAUCCGGUGAAAUUGUUGUAAAUCAAUGAACUAUAUAUUGUUCAAAUGAUUUUAAAUUUUGUUUAUAUUUCAUUUAUACUUUUAUUUUAUACAUUCGCAGCUAUUGAAUGUCAUCGUUUGAAAUUGGUUUAUACUUUUUUUUUAAUAAUUUAAAAGCAAUAAUGUAAGAUUAGUAAGUAUUCGAUUAGCAUGUAUGAAGUUAAGUUUAAUUCUUUCAUUGUUUUAUUGUACAUAUUAUUUAUUACAUUUGAAGUUUUACAUGUAAAUAAAUCCAUUUUGAUAGAUGAGAAAAUAUACGUUUUUCAGUUUUAGACUAAGAGGGAUAACUCUGUACUGAAUAUCGAACAAAUGUAGACACGUAUAUUAUCUCCCUUUGCAUACUUUAUAUAACUAACUUCAAUGCUUGUAAUGAUUAAAAUAUUAAAUAAUAAUUCUUA